AUGGAGCACAACACCGAACACGAUGAGAUCGUCUCUCAGUUCUGCCUUAUGACCAGAACCGGCCCUGAAGAGGCUAAAGAAUACCUCUCAGCCAAUGGUUGGGAUUUGGAGGCGGGCGUGACCGAAUUCUUCGCCGCGCAGGAUGAAGCCUUACAAGAGACAAAUGCCGGGGGUCGGUCAGUCGGAGGUCCAUCGGACCAGCCGGCCGCAUCUCAGUCGCCCGCAGGCGGAGACCAGCCGUCCACGUCCCGUAGCGCAGCGCCCAAGAAGAGGUUUGCGACUCUGGGAGACUACACGUCCAAGAGUGGUGGGGCUGGUGACUCCACCGACGAAGACGACACGGAAGAUCAGGACUUCUUCGCAGGAGGGGAGAAGUCUGGACUGGCUGUGCAGAAUCCCGACGAUAUCAAGAGGAAGAUCAUCGAAAAGGCCCAAAGAACUCAAAUACCCGAAUCCGACGAUGCAGGGCCGAGAAGAUCCCACUUCACGGGGUCCGCGCGAACCCUGGGUGGUGACGACGCCCCCAGCCGGGUUAUCGACACCCCCACCCCUCAACGACCUCAACCCGCACAACGCGUCCAGCGCACCCUUCACUUUUGGUCCGAUGGCUUCUCCGUCGACGACGGCGAUCUCUACCGGUCAGACGACCCCCGAAACGCGGAGAUCCUGGAGGGCAUCCGACAGGGCCGUGCGCCGCUCUCGAUCAUGAACGUGCAACCGGGCCAGGAGGUCGACGUGGAGAUCAAACAGCACGACGAGAAGUACGUCAAGCCGAAACCCAAGUAUAAGCCGUUCUCGGGUCAAGGACAGCGACUCGGCAGCCCGACACCCGGGGUGCAGUCUCCCGCCCCCGCCUCCCCCGUCCCCGCCACCAGUCAACCCGUGUCCGAACCCAACACGCCCGAAGUGGAUGAGUCCCAGCCGACGGUCACGCUGCAAGUGCGUCUCGGCGAUGGAACCCGGCUCACGGCGCGGUUCAACACCAGCCACACGAUCGGCGACGUCUACCAGUUCGUCGCGGCAGCCAGCCCGAUCAGCCAGACGCGGCCGUGGGCCUUGAUGACCACGUUCCCGAGCAAGGAGUUGAUGGACAAGGCGACGGUCCUGUCCGACCUGCCGGAGUUCAGACGUGGCGGAGUGGUGAAUAUUGUGCUGGUCCUAUCCGGCAAAGGCGGCGUCGGCAAAUCCUCCGUGACUCUCCAACUCGCGCUCGCGCUCUCCCUGCAAGGCAAAUCCGUCGGCAUCCUCGACAUCGAUCUCACAGGCCCGUCUAUCCCGCGUCUCGUCGGCCUCGAAGAUGCCAAAAUCACUCAGGGUCCGGGGGGUUGGUUGCCUGUGACUGUGCAUGACGCCACUACAUCCUCUCCCUCCUCCUCUUCCGGCGCACAAGAACAAUCCCAACCACAAUCACAACCGCAACAAGAACAACAACGAGAAGAAAGAGGAGGAGAAAGAGGCUCCCUCCGCUGCAUCUCCCUCGGCUUCCUCCUCCGCGACCGCGGCGACGCCGUCAUCUGGCGCGGGCCCAAGAAAACAGCCAUGAUCCGGCAAUUCCUCGCCGACGUAAACUGGGGCUCCACAGACUACCUGCUAAUUGACACGCCCCCCGGCACAAGCGACGAACACAUCGCGCUGGCAGAACAACUCCUCACCCUCUCCACGACAGACGCGCACACGGCAUCCGCAUCUUCCCUGCCGCGGCUGGCGGGCGCCGUGCUCGUCACGACCCCGCAGGCGGUGGCGACGUCCGACGUGCGCAAGGAGGUGAACUUCUGCGUGAAGACGCAGAUUCCGACGCUGGGUGUUGUGGAGAAUAUGUCGGGUUAUACGUGUCCUUGCUGUGGGGAGGUGACGAAUCUUUUUUCGAGUGGCGGGGGUGAGGUUAUGGCGGGGGAGAUGGGCGUGCCGUUCUUGGGCCGCGUGCCGGUUGAUGUGAAGUUUGGGGAGUUGGUUGAGGGGGGUGCUGUGAGGGGUGACGAUGAUAGUGAUAUGAGUGAUGAUGAUGGGGAAGGGGAAGCGAGGCAGUUGGAGAACGAGAACACGGGGACGCCCGAUGAGAGGCCGCUGGUGGAUCGGUAUCGCGAGUGUUGGUCGUAUGGGCGGUUUGAGGGAUUUGCAAAGACGUUAAUUACGCAGAUUGAGGGAAAUUAGUUGGGGUGGUUUGUUA